ACAACACAGCUCCUAGCUCUUCAAUCAUACGUCAAUCCUCACAUCACGGUAUGCCAAUUAAGAAAUUGUUGGAAGGAAUAAGCACUGAUAGUUUUGCUCUAGUAUUACACAAGCCAUCAUGCCAGAAACAUCAAUCUCUCCUCCGGCCGUCACACGCCCAAGUAAACCAGUUUCAGAAGCUCUUCUGAACGAAAAGGUAAAUCCUAGUUUAUCUUCAAACUCGCAGCUAAAAAGCGUUUCCAUUCUUUGCGAAGGCAGUGCUGAUUUUAUACCUGUUUAGUGGGAUCACUGUCUUUCCUCAUUGCUCAUACGAUCCUCGGUCGGACUCGGAUUUGGUGUUGUCGCCUCGGUUUUGAUAUUCAAGCGAAGAGCAUGGCCUGCAUUUGUUGGUGUUGGGUUCGGUGCCGGAAGAGCUUAUGAGGAGUGUAACAGCUCAUUUAGAAGGGUGGGAAAGGAUGGAAUUAGAGUGCAAAGACCCUGAAUCAGAUAAUGGGUUUAUUGGAAGGGUGGAAGUGGUCUCGGAAGUACAUAAAAAUGGAUGGGAAGCUAGAGCACUUUGGAGUUUGUAUGAUUAUGUGAAGGCAGUACUUCAAAUGAUGUGAAUUCACCUGUAUGUAGGACUCUCCGAUCCUCGACUUGUGAAAAUGCUCUUUUGUGUUAUUGUUCUCUACUCAAAGCAUUUGCUGAUGUUCAGUACUAGCGACUUGAUUA